CCCUGACUCUCUCCCUCCCCACAGCCCACACCAUGGAGGCCCUACACAUCUCUGGGAUCCACGUCGCCGAGUUGCUGCAGGCCGGGCCGCCAUGGCUGGAAAACUUUUGGCUCACCGUCACCUCCAUGGCCGACCCCAAAUGCAUCUUCACCGUGUGCUUCCCGCUCGCCUAUUUCCUCGACCGCAAGGUGGGGGUGGCAGUGCUGUGGGUCGGGCUGGUGGCCGAGUGGCUCAACGUGGUCUUCAAAUGGUUUUUAUUUGGGGAACGCCCGUUCUGGUGGAUCCAUGAGUCGGGCUUUGCCAGCCAGCAGCCGCUCACGCUGCGUCAGUUCCCCGUCAGCUGCGAAACGGGACCAGGCAGCCCCUCCGGCCACUGCAUGAUCACUGGGGCAGCACUGUGGCCACUGGUGACUGCACUGACAGCACUGGCAUCCCGACACUCCAAGAGCCUGGUGCUGAAGCUGAUCCCCUUCAGUGCCUACACGCUGCUGCUGCUGGCCGUGGGGCUCUCACGGGUCUUUGUCCUCGCUCACUUUCCCCACCAGGUGCUCGGUGGCAUCGUGGCAGGGGCUGCCCUGGGCUGGGGGCUGCAGGCUCUCAUCCCAGCCACGCGCUCUCUGGGUUUCUUUGCUGCCACAUCCCUGGGGCUGCUGCUGGGCUCGGUCGCCCUGCACAGACUCAUGGUUGCUGCUGGCGUUGACAUCGACUGGUCCAUCCGUUUGGCCACCGCCUGGUGCAAGGACCCGUCCUGGCUGCGCAUCGACACGCGGCCCUUCGCCUCCAUCUGCCGCGUGGCCGGCAGCGCUCUGGGGCUGGGCUUCGCUGCCGGAGACCCCCAGCGCUGGGAUAAACCUUUGCCCCCCCGGCAGCGAGCAGCCUGUGCCGUGUUGGCGUUGGCAGCCGUGCAGGGGCUGCAGCACAUUCCCCAGCCCCAGCAGGUGACACUGUGGUACGCCUCCAGCUUCCUCAAAUACGCUGCCGGGCCCGGGCUGGUGGCUGUGCUGCUGCCCCGCAUCGCCCGCACCAUCACCCGCCCCAAGGGCCCC